CAUCUACCCUUUCUCUCGCCCUCCUCUCUCUCUCUCUUCUGUGCAGGUGGUAGCUGAAGAACGAGGAAGAAAGACGGAUGAAACGUUGACCCUGAGAUCUAGUGAUCAUCCAUGGCGCUGUAACCCCACCACGCAGAUUGAAAUUCAUCGUCGAACCUCCCUUCUUUGACGACGCCCCGCCCCCGGUUCUUGUAAGUUUCCCAUUCGCGUCCCUCGUUCCAAUUCCAGAUCCGCGCACCAAAGGUCCGGCUUUUAUUGCGCGUUCGGCCGUGAGUUUGGACAUGGGUAGUGCUUACAAAGCUAUUUCGAAGAGCUCGUACGUUGAAUUGCAAUCCCACAAUGAUCACGUGACCCCCAAAUCGGACACCCAGUUCCUCCCCCUUGAUAUAGACAGCUAUUUAGGUUCCAAGAACGUGAAUGGCAUCGACGGUAGUUACGAUUAUGAUGAUGCCAAUGUCGACGUAGAUGAUUACCCGCUUAUUGGUAAUGGGCAUAAAACCGGGUCCGGCUUAUCGGGUGCUGUGUUUAACCUCACCACGUCUAUAAUUGGUGCCGGGAUUAUGGCCCUACCGGCGACCAUGAAGGUUCUUGGAUUGGUUCUAGGGUUUGUUUUGAUCGUUCUGAUGGGCAUACUGUCGGAAAUGAGCGUGGAAUUGCUGGUCAGGUUUUCGGUUUUCUGCAAGGCCUCUUCAUAUGGUGAGGUUGUUCAACGCGCAUUGGGGAAACCGGCUAGGAUUUUGUCAGAAAUUUGUAUCAUAGUGAAUAAUGCUGGUGUUAUGGUGGUUUACUUAAUCAUCAUGGGUGAUGUUCUGUCCGGCUCGGUUCGUCAUGUAGGGGUUUUUGAUCAGUGGCUGGGAAAUGGGUUUUGGGAUCAUAGGAAGUUGGUGAUUUUUAUAAUCCUGGUGUUGUUUCUCGCUCCUCUCUGUGUUUUGGAUAAGAUCGAUUCAUUGAGCAUGACGUCUGCAGCUUCAGUGGCACUGGCCGUGGUGUUUGUUAUUGUUUGUUUUAUUGUUGCAUUGAUUAAGCUUGUUGAAGGGAAAAUCGAGGCCCCGAGGAUGAGCCCUGAUUUUGGUUCCAAGAAGGCAAUAUUGGAUUUGCUUGUGGUGAUACCGAUUAUGUCUAAUGCUUAUGUUUGCCAUUUCAAUGUUCAACCUAUAUAUAAUGAGCUUGAAAACCGGUCUCCGGACAAGAUGUAUCGGGUAGGGAGGAUCACCACAGUUAUCUGUAUUAUGGUCUAUGCGUCGACUGCUAUAUCGGGGUAUUUGCUCUUUGGAAAAGACACUGAAGCCGAUGUGCUGACCAAUUUCGAUAAGGAUCUAGGUAUCCGGUUCAGCUCUGCUCUGAAUUAUAUUGUUCGGGCUGGUUACAUUCUCCAUCUGGUACUUGUUUUCCCUGUGAUCCAUUUCUCACUACGCCAAACGGUAGAUGCAUUGCUUUUUGAGAAAUCACCUCCACUUUCAGAGAGUAGGAAGAGGUGUUUGGCAUUAACUGCUGUACUCCUCGUGCUAAUAUACAUAGGUUCAACAAUGAUUCCCAACAUCUGGACCGCAUUCAAGUUCACAGGGGCGACUACAGCUGUGUCAUUAGGAUUUAUAUUUCCACCAUUGAUUGCCUUAAGAUUAUGUAAGAAAGGUGCGGGUUUAAGUCCAGUGGAGAAAUCGCUAUCGUGGGUCAUGUUAGUACUUGCAGUAAUAGUCAGCAUCGUCGGAAUUAUCGGGAAUGUGUAUGGCCUUGAGAGCAAAUCGGAAUGACCUUAUCGCUUUGGUUAUAUGUUAGCUAGUCGGAGAUCUGGCAUUGAAGUGCAAGUUCAUGUGUGGACAAGUUUUGUGUGACUUGGUUGUCUCUUUGCCGGUCCGAUUUAGUGAAUCAAAUGGACUCACACGGUAGAUAGAUUUUUUGGCGAUAGUGCUUUUAUUGGUUCGCCCUUUUGGUUGUUCCCUAUUGAGGAAUGUCAGGGGAACUCAUGAAUGACCGGAAUUGUGAGGGCUGCCCGAAUGUCCUUUGUAAUUGGAUCUGCUACGAUGAUUUGCAUUCUCAGAGCAGGAUUUGGAGAUUUACAUGUUUCUGGAAGAAUGUUUGGGCAUACGGCGUAUGUUAUGCGAAAUGGAUUGUCGCAUGUUUUGGUCGAAACUCACAUGAUUCUUUCGAUGAUUCUCAGUUGAACAUUUCUUUCACAGGAUUUUAGAGUUCUGUUUGUAUAAUAGGGGGAGGAAUCUGCCAUAGUGAUUAAGCGAUGCUCCACUUUAUGUUGUUUCUUCACUUUUUUUGGAAGCUUUUUUUCGUUCUGUAUACAUUUAUUCCCUUACCGGUUAUGUUAUCAAUCUGCUGGCUAGGGAUGGACAUAUUCAUAAUUUCUUGACAGCUUCUCUGUUCAUACA